AUGGAUUCUUCGGACUACUCCUUUCUGUCUUCACUGAGAGGAGACUUCAAAACUGAUGGCUAUAUUCAGCCCCACUACAAGGAGGUAUAUCGGCUGGCCAUUGAUCACCUAUUGAGCGGUGGUCCAGGAACUUACCGGGAGUUUCUCAGAGGUGAACGCGUUGGAACUUUCCUUUCAGAAGAGGAGCUUGCUUUUAUCCCGACACAUGCAGAACUACUCAAACCUCCUUCCCAAACAGAAGAAAUCAAUGCUAAAAAUGACACCGAAGGCCAGUCUUCCUCAGGGACUUACUGGCCCUUGCACUCCGACGUGGACGCUCCAGAUUUGGAUUUAGGAUGGCCAGAUGUCAGACAUAAAAAUCAAACAAAUAUAGAUCUGUUGUUUCACCCACCUCGACUGAACAACCCUACAAUCAAAGAAGUAAUCCGCAAGCAAAUUCAGGAUGCCAAGCAGGUCAUUGCUGUUGUCAUGGAUAAGUUCACAGAUGUUGACAUUUUUAAAGAAAUUGUUGAGGCUUCAUUACGUGGUGUGGCUGUCUAUGUACUCUUGGAUCACUUCAAUUUAAAGAGUUUCCUCACGAUGGCUGAAAAUCAAGAUGUAAGGAUCAAACUGCUCAGGAAUAUGAGAGUGCGCACAGUUAAAGGUCAGGAUUACCUCUGUCAAUCAGGAGCAAAAUUUCAUGGUGCAAUGGAGCAGAGGUUUCUGUUAUUCGACUGUUGCACAGCUUUCUAUGGCUCCUACAGCUUCGCCUGGUCCUUCGAAAAGAUCCAUCUCAGUAUGGUGCAGAUGAUAACGGGACAUUUAGUGAAAUCUUAUGACGAAGAAUUUCGAACUCUUUACGCAAGGUCAACUGUUCCAGCUCAACUCACCCCUUCAACCUCCCCCGAUGGACUACAAGGGGCGGCAGUGGGAGACAGAAGGAUUCUGUCGUUGGUCAUUGAUCCCAUCACUCACGCUGAAGAUGUGCGCGCUCUGCGCAAACAGCGUCACUCUCGAGGUGAGAGGCGCACUCCUCUCAGGUCUCCUCUUGUCUCCGCCUCAGAGCAGCGCACACGCAGCGGUCGGACACCAGAGCAGCGGACCUAG